AGUUAACGGUUGACAAAUAUUUCUGUAAAUUAACCCAAAACUGCUUGAUUUUUUGGAAUCUUGGCUUUUGGAGCGGGGUCCACAUCUCAUAAUCAACCACCGAACUUCAUUUUAAUUUUAUACAUUAUUAUCCUUCGUCUCCGUUGAGAGAUGCCAACAAGUCUCAGAUUCCCUCUUCUUUUUCCCUUUGAACUAUUCCUUGUAGAUAACUUCUUUAUUGAGCUAUUUAUUAUUCACUUUUAACAUUACUUUUUAGCAAUUUGGAAUACGAAUGAUUCUUUGUACAGUCAGCUUAUGCUUGUUUUUUAUUGAUUGAUUUGUUAUUUGUUUUGAAUCUUCGAUAUAUUUGAAGUUGACCAUAACGUGUUUGAUGUAAUGUUUGAAUGAGUCCUUCAGUAUCUAGCGAUGCUACGCCGGGCUUUUUAGGUGCACCAAUGAAGAAUUUAGAGGGUUAAGAAAAGCCCAUGAAUGAUUCUAAGGAACCAACAUCUCAGAUCAUUGCGUCGCUAGGAAUGUUAAGAAGACUCACUGGGGAAUUUCGGUAUAAGUUCACGUCGAAAAUGAUAAUAUGGAGUGAAGUUUCAAUCUUUGGAUUGGAUGUCAUCUUAUAUGUGCUCAUUUAGUACCUUAGUGGUAACCAAUAUCUUAGAAGGAAGAAGGCAGCACCUAACCAAAGGUGCACAUGUGGCCUUACUUCGAUCCUGAGUAUGAAAACCUCAACCAACGUAUCAAUCCCCCAAGAGUAUGUAUAGACGAUAAUUCAUGUCCUGAUUGUACACUUGUCAAGGUGGACAGUAUGAACAAGCCAGGCAUACUAUUGGAUGUUGUACAGGUAUUGAGCGACCUCGAUCUAACAAUCUCCAAAGCUUACAUUACAUCAGAUGGCAGAUGGUUUAUGGACGUUUUCCAUGUAACUGAUCAGCAAGGAAGAAAGCUCAAGGAUAGGAAGACUAUUGAGUACAUUGAGAAGGCUCUAGGUCCUGAGAGCAACAUUCUACCCACAAAAGGAGAUGCUUGGCUAGAUAAAAUGGUGGGAAUGCACUUAGUUGGUGAUCACACUGCUAUUGAGCUCAUAGGUUCAGACCGUCCAGGCCUCCUCUCUGAAAUCUUUGCUGUCCUUCAAAAUCUCCGGUGCAAUGUAAUAGCCGCUGAGAUGUGGACACACAACACAAGAGUUGCAUGUGUUGUUUAUGUCAAUGAUAGCGCCACAUCUGGAGCUGUGAAUGAUUCAAAUCGUCUCUCCAUGAUCGAGCAGAGGCUGAGGUAUUUACUUCGAGGGCAUGGAAAUGAUCGGAAGGAGGUUUGUACCAGUUUCUCUAUAGGUUCAACCCAUGUGGAUCGUCGACUGCAUCAGCUUAUGUUCGCCGACAGGGAUUAUGAAGAUGAUAGUGGAGAAAGAGAGAAAAAUACCACUCUCUCUUUUAAACCAGUGAUAACAAUUGAACCUUGUGAGGACAAAGGAUACUCUGUGGUGAAUGUGAAAUGCAUGGAUCGGCCAAAAUUGUUGUUUGACAUUGUUUGUACCCUGACGGAUAUGCAAUUUGCGGUUUUCCAUGCAUCUGUCUCAUCUGAUGGCCCGUAUGCACUACAGGAGUUAUAUAUACGUCAAGUGAAUGGCUGCACCCUUGACUCAAAAGCUGAAAUGGAGAGAGUGGUUAAGUGCCUGGAAGCUGCAAUUCUGAGAAGAGUGUCUGAGGGAUUCAGUUUGGAGCUCUGUGGUAGAGAUAGAGUUGGCCUUCUCUCCGACAUAACAAGAGUUCUUCGUGAAUAUGGACUCUCGGUCACAAGGGCGGGCGUGACUACAGUAGGCGAGCAGGCGAUGAACGUGUUCUAUGUGAGCGAUGCUUCUGGAAAUACGGUAGACAUGAAGACUAUCGAAAACCUCCGUCGAGAGAUAGGGCACACUGUCAUGCUCAAUGUGAGGAGAGUACCUUCAAGUCCCAAGGUUCAGGCCCCUGAGCCUAGUGGCUGGGCCAAGAGCAACUUCUCUUUUGGGACUCUGCUUGAAAAAUUCCUGCCUUAGUUUGGCCUUCUUAUGGUACAUUAAGGAAAUUUGUAUAAGCUGAAGAAGGCCAACAUAAUGCAGCGCUACUUUUAACAGAUGUAAAUAUAAUUGGGGCUGAAGUCCUUUUUAAGCAUCAAUGUGUGAUAAUGCCAACUACUGAUGAAGCAAUUAACAUACAAAGUCUAAUAUUGAUGAA